GCUGUUUGCUCCCCUCUGAUCCACUAUCACAGGUUUGCAUUUCCUCAUCAGUGCAACCGCAUUCACGCUUUUCCGGUCCUUCUGUGCGUCCCGGUGAUCGCUGCUGCUGUGAGGAAGAGGAUGAGACUGUCCUGUUAACGGAUCCCCGGACUGUUGAAGCCUGCCUGCCUUUUCUCUCCGGAUCUAAGGAAAUCGACUAAAGCUCCAUGACCCUACCCUAUGAAGACAGGGACACAUCUAGCCUGUUGUAGUUUAUCACCCUGACAUGAUGGGGGGGUCACUCUGGAUUUUCCAUGGUGCCACUGAAGCCCUGUUCAAUGGAAAGAGCUUCAUUGCAGUUCUACCUUUGGCUCUGUUGUUGCCAACAGUGAGAGUCAGUGCACAGACGAUGAUGAUAGGUGGCCCUUUGGACUGCGAGGAGACUUGUGUGUGUGCCAGCAACAUCGUCAGCUGCUCCAAGAAGAAUCUAACCUAUGUGCCAACCCCUCUUCCAAAUUAUACAGCUGUUCUGGAUCUCAGCUUUAACAGCAUCACCAGGCUACGUGCUGAGUGGACCCCCCACUCACUAAACAGGCUACACAGUCUGAUCCUCAGCCACAACAACCUCACGUUCCUUUCCUCUGAGGCCUUUGUGUCUGUGACCAAGCUCCGCUACCUGGACCUUUCCUUCAAUAGCCUCCGCCAGCUGGACGAGUGCAUCUUUGAGCCUCUGGAGGAGCUGGAGGUGCUGCUGCUUUACAGCAACUGCAUCUCUCAGGUAAAUCGCGCAGCCUUCUCUGGCCUCGACAACCUGCAGAGGCUCUACCUGAGCCAGAACAAGAUCUCCCGCUUCCCCUUGGAGCUGGUGAAGGAUCGCACUAGGCUGGAAGCUCUUAGACUGCUUGAUGUGUCCUCCAACAAAAUCAAAGCCCUGCCCCUCUCUGAUCUAAAGGUUCUGCCCGCCUGGAUCAAGAACAGCCUGUACUUCCACAACAACCCCCUGCCCUGCACCUGUGAUUUGCAUGACCUGGUGGCACACUGGCACCUCAAGGCGCUCAGCUCUACUAUGGACUUUAAGGAUAGCCACACUUGUUUGUUACCAGGCAUACAGAAAGAGAAAAUGGCCAUACUGGAUCUUGACAAGCACUAUUUGAACUGCAGUAAGGUCACGGUUAUGGACAAAUCCGCCUAUCUGGAACAGCGCCUGGUCCUGGACUGUGACAGCAGGGAGAGGGACAUGAUGAAGAACUGGGUGCUGCCUGGAAACAUCUCACUGUCUCCUGCCAUGGAGACGCUUAAUGAUGGCAGCCUCCUGAUUGGGCCCCUGAAGGCAGAGGACUCUGGGGUCUACACCUGCUAUGCCACAAGUGACUCCUUUAAUGAGACGCUGUAUGUAACUGUAACCGUGUUUAAUUCCACUAAAAGUGGUGGGCUCGAGAACCUAAAGACGGCCUACACUACCCUCAUAGCAUGUCUGGUCAGUUUAGUUAUGGUUCUCGUCUACCUCUAUCUCACACCGUGCCGCUGCGCAUGUUGUCCAGGACAAGGCCUGGAGAAAAGCGACAGUUUCCACUCUUCAACUGUGAGCCUCUCUCAGGCACAUGAGGAGACGGGGCAAGAAAGAGGGGAAGGCCGAGGCUUCGCCUACAGACAUGUGGCCUUCAUGCAACCCAAGGACCAGCUAGAGCAGAACGGGAGGUUGAACCCAAUAGAGGAAGACGAGGAGUGUCAGGGGGACAGGGAGAGAAGGAGGUCUGACGCAGAGUCUGUCAGCUCAGUGUGCUCAGAUACCCCCAUGGUGGCGUGAAGUCAGUGGCACAGCCUGGAGGUGAACGAUAUGUUCAGUGUGGGAUUCAGACUGCCGACAUCCGGUCCCAAUGGAGAGUGAGUAGCAGAACGGCCCGAGGGGAACAACUGAGAGCGAGUACCAUCCACCGAAUGUUUCUGGGCAUUAGUGCCCAACCCUCAACAAAUCAGCAAAUGCCAGCCAGCCAGCAGUCUCAUAAACACCAUCAGAAAUAGCAGCUCAUAGUGCAGCCAACAUGCAGGGGGCACCGAUGAAAUGUAAAUAUAGAAGUAGCAGUUUUCAAACCCAUUUUUAUUUCUAAAAUACCUUCAAACUGUUGAUUUUAACUUGAGCAAUGUUAGAAAAUAAACCAGCAAGAGAUUCAGUCCAUGCAAAAGAUGUGUUGACAAACCUAAAGUCACUCUGGCUCUACUGUGAUUAAACAACUCUCACAAAAACACAUCUGAAAGUAAUAUUAAUGAUAUAAAUAGAAUAAUUCAGUGAAGCGUUUUAAGCAAAACACAAUCCCAGAUGACAGAUGAGAUGUAGCAAUGUACACUAAACGUACUCUUAUAUUGGAAGGAACUAUUACCUUAUUACUGUCACUUCUCGUGGUGCCUUUUCAAGAUAAGCUGUGGUGAAUAAACACGAUAUAUUAAAUGUCUUUGUAGGAAUUCUAGCACUGAACACAUGACGUUGUGUGUGUGGUUUUGUAGAAUUAUAAUGUAGCUAAACAUGAGGACUUCAUUGACUUCUGUCUCUCACACAUAUCCACUGUAUGCUGAUGUUGUACACUUCUUAUUUUUCCUGUGAAAGUUUUUACCAAAGACUGAGUUACAUGCAGAGAAUGAAUAACCUACGUGUUCAGUGUUUACAGUCAGCACCGUUAUAUUGAUGUUGUUGUUACCAACCAUAUUUUCAUUGUUUGAAUUCAGCCAUAAACUGAGAUUUUUAUAUAUGCAAUCCUCUAUAAGGACUUAUUGUAUUUCAUUAUUUGCUGCAAUAUAUCUUGUCUGUUAAUGUAUUGUUUCUGUAUGUCAUGUACUAAAAGAAAA